AUGGCUGUUGACGGCGAAGCCACCUCGAAAGGCCCUGCUUUAGGGAGCGACGCGACUUCUUGGGCCAAACGCGAACAGCAGCUCAGCGAGAGCGAGUUGGAACCCGCGGCAUUCUUGAAAUCUGUGAGGGAGUUGUCUGAGAAGCGAGAAAGGGAGGACGCCGAGCGCUUUCGCAAAUUGGAAGAAGAGGUGCAGAAAGGGCGUCAGGAACGAGCAGCCCGGCGAGCGGCUCAACGCCUCCUCCUCCUCCUCACAAGAGUGUCGAAGAUGCACCCACGACUACGGCGACAGGACUCGCGCGAUCGGGCACUUUGA